AUGGACGCAUCGUCCAUUAUAACUCAAGUGUCACGGGAUGACGAACAAUUAAACAACUAUGGAUCCGACAGAGGAUCUACGCCCAGCGGCCAACAUAACGAUGGGGAUGGAACUCCUGUUUCGGGAUCCACGCCUCUGGGCAGCAAAAAAUCGAGUGGCGGCGGAGGGUUCUUACGAUCUCUUCUGUGUUGUUGGAAAGGCGGACGAGGAAAGGGUCCGCCCGGCAGCAAUGGUGCGAACAGUAUUGACGGUCGGGCUUCGCCCCCAUUGUUGGUCAUGUCAGACCAUGCACCCCGGCCAUUAUUACCACCAGUGAGACAUCAGGACAUGCAUAAAAAGUGUAUGGUCAUAGAUUUGGAUGAGACAUUAGUUCACAGUUCGUUUAAGCCAAUCAACAACGCAGAUUUCGUGGUGCCGGUGGAGAUUGACGGCGCCGUGCAUCAAGUGUACGUACUGAAGCGGCCCCACGUGGACGAGUUCCUGCGGCGAUGUGGCGAGCUGUACGAGUGUGUUCUGUUCACCGCCUCCCUAGCUAAAUACGCGGACCCCGUCGCCGAUCUUCUGGACAGGUGGGGAGUCUUCCGUGCUCGAUUGUUCCGCGACAGUUGCGUAUUCCAUCGAGGCAACUACGUGAAAGACCUCAACAGCCUCGGCCGCGACUUGCGGCGUGUGGUAAUCGUCGAUAACUCGCCCGCUUCCUACAUUUUCCAUCCGGAUAAUGCUGUACCUGUCGCGUCCUGGUUCGACGACAUGACAGAUUCAGAACUGUUGGACUUGAUACCGUUCUUCGAGAAGCUAAGCAAAGUGGACAGUGUGUAUACCGUGUUACGUAAUUCCAACCACCCGUACAAUCCGGCGCAAGGCAGCCCGCCACCCGCAUAG